AUGGAAGCAAUCAAGCAAGCCUUUGCUGACAGCAAGGGGCAGAGCCGUUCCGCUCUGCUUGCCUAUGUCACAGCAGGCUAUCCAACCAUCCAAGAAGCCCCCGACAUCAUGCUCGCCAUGCAAGCCGGUGGAGUUGACAUCAUCAAUCUCGGCAUUCCAUCCACCGAGGCAAUGGCUGAUAGUGAGAUAAUGCACCGCUGCAAUGCCAAAGCUCUCCAGGAUGGCGUCCGACUCCCCCUCAUCCUGGAGAUGGUCAAGUCGGCCCGCAGCAAGGGUCUGGCCGUUCCCGUCUGUCUGAUGGGCUAUUGUAAGCCUAUCUUCAAUUAUCCACUCGGCGAGGACCAACUGCUGCGAGACUGCAAAGCCGCCGGCGUGGAUGGCCUCAUCAUUGUCGAUUAUCCACCGAUGUACGCAUCGCGGUUUAGCAACACAUGCAGGGACAAAGGACUCUCGUGUAUUCCUGUCGUCGCCCCGUCCACUCUCCCCGAUCCCAUGGAGGACCUUUGUGCUUCCUCUGACUCAUUCGUCUAUGUGAUGUCCCGCAUGGCAGUCGUUGGACCCUGGCAACAGAUAGGUGAUGGAAUUAUUCAGCUGAUUGGGCGCGUUGAUUGCGUCACUGAAGGGACCGUUCCAGCUGUCAUCGCCUUCGGCAUUAGCACCCGCGCGCAAUUCUGGAGAAUCGCCAAGCACGCCGAGGGAGUCGCGAUUGGCAACCCGAUCAUCGAAGCCCUCGAGAACGCUGAGCCAGGCACCGGCGCCCAGAAAGUAAAGCGUCUUUGUCUGUACAUUGCGGCCCGCCUCGAGUGGCACGUCGAAAUCCCGGAAAGGCCCCAGCUCCCCAACGAAGCAAGCGAUGCCCCCGUUGCCCUAGAUGUCCUCGCAGACCAACCCGCAGCAAGCGCAGCCAGCACCACCCGCCCGGCCGCCUUCGACGACCUAUCCGCCCCGACAUACCUAAAGUCGUGUCUGAGCGAGCUCGAAACUGCCUUUGCAGCCGCAAGCGCCGACCCAGACUUCUGGGACGAGAUUCGCUCCCACGCAAUCAACGCCAACCGUCCCACCUCACUGGAAGUCGCCGAGCGACUAACCGCACACGCCGGCGGCGCCCGCAUCUGGCUCAAGCGAGAAGACCUGAGCCAUACCGGUAGUCACAAGAUCAACAACGCCCUGGGCCAGAUCAUCCUCGCGCGGCGUCUUGGAAAAGCCGCCAUCAUCGCCGAAACUGCCACUGGCGCGCACGGCAUCGCGACUGCAACCCUGUGUGCAAUCUUCAACAUGCGAUGCAGUAUCUUCAUGGGUUCGCGGGAUUUUGAGACUCAGCCGGGUAAAGUAUCCCGUAUGCGUUUGCUCGGUGCUACUGUUAUCCCUGUUCAGGGGGUUUCUGGUAGAUGUGAUGGCAGCGGCACGGUCCGCGAUGCGUUGAACGUAGCAUUCCGCAUUUGGGUCGUGGAGCAGGAAACGACUCACCUUGUGCUCGGCUCUGUGUUCGGUCCGGAUCCGUUUCCGACUAUCGUGCGCUCUUUCCAGAUGGUUAUUGGUACUGAGACACGCGCCCAGUUCCAGGCUGUGAAUGGCGAUGGGAAGUUGCCUGAUGCUCUUGUUGCAUGCGUUGGUGGUGGGUCGAAUGCUACCGGCAUGUUUUAUCCUUUUGUACAGGAUUUGGGCGUUGCCUUGGUUGGGGUGAAGGCUGGUCGUAGUGGACCCAUGGCUGGGAACUCUGCCGUGCUGACCCGGGGCCUGGAUGGUGUUUUGCGUGGCGUAAAUACUCAUGUGCUGCCCGGUGAGGUUCGACAUGCUUCGCGAACAUACUCUGUUUCUGCUGGAUUGGAUUAUCCCGGUGUUGGCACUGAGUUGAUGAGUUGGAAGGAAUCUGGUCGGGCGACUUUCACCGCUGCUAAUGACACUGAGGCUUUGGGUGCUUUUUGUUUGCUGAGUCGGAUGGAGGGCAUCAUGCCGGCACUUGAGACUGCGCACGCUAUUGCUGGUGCUUUGAGGGUUGCCAAGGACAUUGGGGCUGGUGGUGAUGUUGUCGUUUGCCUCAGCGGAAGGGGAGAUGAUGACGUGCAGACCGUCGCUGAUAUCCUGCCCACUCUCGGUGAAAAUGUUUAG